AGACGUAGAUGCUCGGACAGUGUAGUCUUUUGGUUCUGUGUCUCAUUCGGGCAUCUACUGUCCGCAGGGUGUUUUGCCUUUCGAGCGCCAGACUUUGCCACUUGUGACGAGCACGGAGUGUCGUCUGAGGAGGCAACGAGAUUACCAGUUUUCCACGGUCAUUCAUUAGCUUGUGAAGUGAGGCAGUCGGGGAAGUGGGUCGAAAAUUUGAACUCCGAUCGGUUACUGAUAUGAUAUAUUCAGAAUAAGCGUCUGCCGAUACUUUGAGUACAAGACGAGGCGAGAGAGAGGGACCACAAGGUUACCAUGGCCGGCGACGCGGAAGAGAAGACGGGAGGGCUCACAGGCCCCAGCAUAGAAACUCAACGAGCAGAGCGCAAUAUCUGGCUGCUGAAAGUCCCCAAUGCAGUUGCGUAUCACUGGAAACAACCUCCUCCCAUUCUUGGGAAGCUUAUUCUCUCCCUGGAUCCCAUGGGAGAUCCAGAUGACCCCAACACCACUCAGUUUACCAUGGACGUGUCGGCGAAAGACCCUGAUGCUCCGCCUAAAAGCUACGACCUUAACUUUACCAAAGAUGUGGUGCCAAUGCACAUAUUUUCUGAAACAUCUCAAGGCAAGAUCGCAGUAGAAGGGAAGGUUGAGCACAAAUUCGACAUGAAGCCAACAAGUUUGGGUGAUGAAGAGUACCGGAAGCUCUGUCGAGAACGGUUGAAUAAAUCCCUGGUCAAGAGUAGAACGCUACAGAGGCUCGAGAACGAUAGAGGUAGUUUCAUGAGGCCCAUGCCCAUGGCGAUGUGGUCGUCAACAGGAGCCAAGGACAAGAAGAAACCUAUUCCACCUCCGAAGCAACCGGAGGGUAAGAGGAUUAGGAGAGAAAGGAAUGAGCUGGAGGACAUUGUCUUUAAGCUCUUUGAACGUCAACCUAAUUGGACUCUAAAGCAACUGGUACAGGAAACGGAUCAGCCUGUGGCCUUUUUGAAAGAGGUGCUCAAUGAUCUCUGUAUAUAUAACAAGAGAGGAGCCAAUCAAGGUACCUACGAGCUCAAACCAGAAUAUAAGAGGACAGGGCAGGAUGAGCAAGGCGCGGAUGUCAAGGAUUCAAGCGCCAAAAGUUAGUGAUAAUAGUAAUGAUCUUAGUUUUUACCUGCUGUGCAAGUAUCAGAGGUCCAUCUUUGUAAUUAUACUGUAGUUCAUGCAUUUCGCACUUGUUUUACUGUCUUGCAACACGUCAGAUGUUUAAGCUCAUCGAAGGAUUUCAUGACAGUUUAAAUGAGGAUGCGUCAAGCUUACCUUAGAUUGAACGUGGUUAGGGGAAGAGGGAUCGUGUGUCAUAUGCUGACGAGUCCUUUGUAUUUUAAAUGAGCAACUACUGAGCAACUAAUGAGCAUAGGCAGCCUCUGCCUUCCGCCUCUGACAUAUAUCUUCAUUUCAUCGAUCUGUUUCUAUCCAUUUUGUCUUACUUCAGGUGUUAGACACACAUGUCCCUGCACUACUAAAUUGUCAUAUACUGAGAGAAGAUGGGUAUUUGGUACCUGUCCCUCGAGAAAAGACAUUUCGAUCUUAGCCACACAAAACAUUUCACACGGAAGCUCGAAAUGGUCAACACUGCCAGCGUUGAGCCCGGUAGCAGG